GGAGAGGCUAGUAUAUGAGUUGGUCACAACAGGAGAGCUGCUAGUUGAUCUGGGGUCUGACCAAACUUCAUGUCAUAACCCAUUCAGCGGGGGGUACUAUCCAGUACAGCUUGGCUUUGAGGAAGCAAAGCAGCUCCUUUCCACCAAUCCAGGGAAGUUCCGGACCUUGGUACAAGAGAGUCUGAAGAGACAUGUGGCUGCUAUUAACAGACUAGCUGAUAAGGGAAUGUUUUUUUGGGAUUAUGGCAAUGCUUUUCUCUUGGAAGCUCAAAGGGCUGGUGCUGAUGUUGAGAAAAGAGGAGCCAAUAAAACAGAAUUUCGAUAUCCUUCCUAUGUUCAGCACAUCAUGGGGGACAUUUUUUCUCUGGGAUUUGGGCCAUUCCGCUGGGUUUGUACCUCAGGUGACCCACAGGAUCUUGCUACCACUGACUCAAUUGCCAUGUCUGUGCUGGAAGACUCUAUACGUCAGGGAGUGAGCACAUCUGUGAAGCAGCAGUACCAUGACAACAUCCGCUGGAUUCGGGAAGCUGGUAGGCACAACUUGGUUGUUGGCUCUCAAGCUAGAAUCUUAUAUUCUGAUCAGAGGGGUCGUGUGUCUAUAGCCAUGGCUAUUAAUCGAGCGAUUUCCGAAGGAAGGAUUAAGGCUCCAGUAGUCCUCAGCCGAGAUCACCAUGAUGUGAGUGGGACCGACAGUCCUUACAGAGAAACGUCAAACAUUUAUGAUGGAUCAGCCUUUUGCGCAGACAUGGCGGUACAAAACUUUGUAGGAGAUGCAUUCAGAGGAGCAACAUGGGUUGCUUUGCACAACGGUGGUGGAGUUGGCUGGUAAGAACUUAUUUAUGUUUCAAAAGCUGGACUCUGA